CCUACAUCCCCAGCCUGAGAAGAAAGUGUUUAAAUAAUAGGGUCUGCAUCAGUCUGUCCCUAAUCACCUUCUGUUCUCCCUGACCCAGGUCCCAAUCCCCAUCCCACCUCUAGUCUACAGACUAAACCUCCCCACCUCCAUCCUGGGGUCUGGACAAGUGGAAUCUGGAACACUUCCCUUGGAGGCAUUUGCCUCUCAUCUGAAUCUUGUCUGACUACCCAAGGGGCAGUGGCCAGGAGCAACAACCUGUUAGCUGCCCCUUCAUGCCCCCCAACUUCUACCCUCACUGGGAUGGGGUGGAACAUGGGCUAUCUCUGAUCUAGGCAGAGAUUCUGAUUCCUUCAACCCAUCCUUGCCCCCCCCCCCGGCAGCCCACUUCUCCCCAUUUCCACUCAGAGAAACCUGGCAGGGUCUGGUGACAUCAACCCCUCAGGUGCCCUUGUCGGGUCUCCAGCCUUCACCUUGGGAGAAAUGAAAUUAUGGAGACAGGCUAAGCCAGUGUGUGUGGAAACCUGGAGUAACGUUUGAAAUCAAGGGGCCAAACCUUGAGGGUCAGAGAGAAGGGGUGGGGGUAUGCAAAGCAGAACAGCCCCAGAAGUGGAGACUGGAAAGCAGGAGCUCAGCCCCUCACCUCCCUCGGCAAGCAGCGGGAGCACAGACGGUUCAGGUGCCGCCUUUGCGGCGACCUUGGCGAGGUCGCUUUUCUCCUUGAGCCCCAGUUGCCCCAUCUGUCAAGUGGGGAUGAAAGAACCUGCGCAGUUGGCUUGCAAAGGACCCUGAGGAUCGCCCCGGGAUGCCGUCUGGAGCCCGAAUGCCCCACCAGGGGGCGCCCAUGGGCCCCCCGGGCUCCCCGUACAUGGGCAGCCCCGCCGUGCGACCCGGCUUGGCCCCUGCGGGCAUGGAGCCCGCCCGCAAGCGAGCAGCGCCCCCGCCCGGGCAGAGCCAGGCACAGAGCCAGGGCCAGCCAGUGCCCACCGCCCCCGCGCGGAGCCGCAGUGCCAAGAGGAGGAAGAUGGCUGACAAAAUCCUCCCUCAAAGGAUUCGGGAGCUGGUCCCGGAGUCCCAGGCUUACAUGGACCUCCUAGCAUUUGAGAGGAAACUGGAUCAAACUAUCAUGAGGAAGCGGGUGGACAUCCAGGAGGCCCUGAAGAGGCCCAUGAAGCAAAAGCGGAAGCUGCGCCUUUAUAUCUCCAAUACUUUUAACCCUGCGAAGCCUGAUGCAGAAGAUUCUGACGGCAGCAUUGCCUCCUGGGAGCUGCGGGUGGAGGGGAAGCUCCUGGAUGAUGUACGUCCUGGCCCAGGUCUCUCCAGGUGUCCUGGGCCCAGUAAGCAGAAGCGGAAGUUCUCUUCCUUCUUCAAGAGUUUGGUCAUUGAGCUGGACAAAGACCUUUAUGGCCCCGACAACCACCUCGUUGAGUGGCACCGGACACCCACCACCCAGGAGACAGAUGGGUUCCAGGUGAAGAGGCCAGGAGACCUGAGUGUGCGCUGUACCCUGCUGCUCAUGCUGGACUAUCAGCCUCCCCAGUUCAAACUGGACCCCCGCUUAGCACGGCUGCUAGGAUUGCAUACACAGAGUCGCUCAGCCAUUGUCCAGGCCCUGUGGCAGUACGUGAAGACCAACAGGCUGCAGGACUCCCACGACAAGGAGUACAUCAAUGGAGACAAGUACUUCCAGCAGAUUUUUGACUGUCCCCGCCUGAAGUUUUCUGAGAUUCCCCAACGCCUCACAGCCUUGUUGCUGCCCCCUGACCCAAUUGUCAUCAACCACGUCAUCAGCGUGGACCCAUCAGACCAGAAGAAGACAGCAUGCUAUGACAUUGAUGUGGAAGUGGAGGAGCCACUGAAGGGGCAGAUGAGCAGCUUCCUCCUGUCCACGGCCAACCAGCAGGAGAUCAGUGCUCUGGACAGUAAGAUCCAUGAGACGAUUGAGUCCAUAAACCAGCUCAAGAUCCAGAGGGACUUCAUGCUAAGCUUCUCCAGAGACCCCAAAGGCUAUGUCCAAGACCUGCUCCGCUCCCAGAGCCGUGACCUCAAGGUGAUGACAGAUGUGGCCGGCAACCCUGAAGAGGAGCGCCGAGCCGAGUUCUACCACCAGCCCUGGUCCCAGGAAGCCGUCAGCCGCUACUUCUACUGCAAGAUCCAGCAGCGCAGGCAGGAGCUGGAACAGUCGCUGGUUGUACGCAACACCUAGGAGCCUGCGAAUAAGCGUCACUGCGGACCAGCCAGCCACACUCCCUGGCAUCGACCCUGGGCUCUGGCCUCUCCCUUGCUGAUGUGAUGGGGGGAAGACUAGAUUAAAGGUCAUUCAUCAGA